GGCCACAAUCAGGGAGAGCAGCAGGUCACCGACCUGAUUCCCAUCCAAGAAACGAAUAGAAAAGAUCAAUGAAGAAUUGGACGAAGAACACGAGAAGAGAAGAGGUGGUGGAUUAAAUUGAUCCAUGGCCGAUGUUCUCCUCUUCCAUUAUUAUCUAAUCUCCUCGUCCCUUCUCGGCUCCCAUUCUUAUGCCCUCUGGGCUGCUCCAACUUCCCGACAUCCACAAGAAAGCCUUGUUUGGAUUCCGCCUUCGCUACUGCUAUCGCCCGCCAGCCGCAGCGCCUGUCCCAUCUCAAGGUGCAUGCUGUUGGUGUGGCCAAAUGAUGGCACAAAGUGGUGGGGGGGAAAAAAAAUGCAGGACUGAAUAUGAUUGUAUUAAUUCAAAACAAGAGUUUCUGGAUGCGUUAAGCCUGGCUGGUGAUAGGCUUGUCAUUGUUGCAUUUUAUGGCACUUGGUGUGGUUCUUCCCUAGCCCUAUACCCAAAGUUCUAUCGUGGUGCUGAGGGACAAUUGGAGUCUUUUUCCUGUUCCCUAGCUAAGGGCCUACUCUCAAGUUUUGCAGCUGACCGAAAUCAUGAUCGCCUAAAAAGUUCUUGCAGUACAGGAGAGGUGUCUCUUGUAACUUUGCGCCCAUACUUUGAAGCCUCAACAUCCAGCAUAAAAUCAAAAUACUUUCUGUGGCUAGCUUGGAGGAAAAGGUUGAACACCAGCAAUGUUCUAGGGAGAAAACUAGGCAAAAAUUUGGGACCCUCUACCAUUUGCAAUCAAGUGCCUAAAGCCAUUCCACCUUUUCUAAAAUUGCCCCAUUUUCAACUCAAUUUGGAUGGUUAUUUGCUCAACACUUAAGAGUUCUACACCCACAACAUUCGUUUGAUUAUCUUUGCACAACAUGGAUCUGUCGGAAUUUCUCAAGAAACAUUUGGAAUUACAUCCGAUUGUGGCAAUUGUUUGGGAAUGUUGGAAGGAAAGAAACACCAUUCUAUUUCUCAAUAAGCAUAGGGCCAUCUUUUGGUUGCCUCCGCUGGACUUUAGACCUUCAAUAAUUGGUCUCUUACUUGUAAACACUUUGAACUUGCUCACUUCGUUGCUGUCUGGGUAAAGAUUAAGGAAGUGUAUAGACUUUUGGUAGAUACCUGAAUUACUUAUAAGAUGACCUCACCCGGACUCUUGUUCUUGUUUUCUCUAUCUCCCUCCUAGCUACAGCGUCUCUUGCUUUGUUUGUGAAGUUGGCCUAUGUUUCUUUUAUCUCUUUAUACAUAGCUCUCUUUUUAAUAAAGGUUGGUGGCUUUUUUGCGUCCCUUAUUAUUAAAAAAAAAAAACCAAAAACAAAAA